UGAUUUAUUAGCUGGGUGAUCGAGCUUGAAGCUGUUCAAACAAUAUUUUGGUUUGUCAUUAAAUUUUAAUUCAUCAUAACUUUAAAUUUUCUACAUAUAUAAAAAUUUAAUAGUCAAUGUAUAUAAUAAUUUUAUAGUGUCAUGCAAUAAUUAAUUUUGAAAUAUCUUAAUAAUUUAGAAAAAUACAUUUCAUUUAUAGAAUGUCCGUAUUAAAUUAUUUUGGCAUCUUCUUAUUUCUCUCUAUAUAUCAUAUCAAUAUUUAUUUUCUUUACAUAUUCUUUUAAUUUUUUUUUGCAUUUUUUAUUUUACAUAUAUUGAAGUCUUUUAAAGAUUCAAGCAAUAAGAUUGAUGUUUUUCAAUAAUAUUAACAUUCAUUAUCAUUUUGAAUUUUGGAUCGAAGGUAUUCAAGAUAUAAUCUUUUCAUCCACAGGUUGAGAUUUGAAAAUGUCACCUGGUACAGAAAAAAAAUUCUUUUUUUAUCAACCAUUGCAAGAUGAAGCCUUGUCAAGGAAGAUGAUUAGUAAAGAGAAAGAAUCUGAACUUGAAACUAAACCCUCUGAAAUCAUUGAUGUCAUUAAAACAUGUUGCGAAUUCGAUAAUCAAAUUAAUUUGAUUAGUGAAGCAUAUCACUUGGUAUAUGGAGGUCCAAAGAAUUUGUUAGAUGAAUCUUUGAAUCUAACUGAAAUUAAAACCCCUAUGGAAAACAAUGUGCUACAUAUUGCAGCUUGGAAUGGUAAUGAUGAGAUUGCAACUCUUUUAAUUGAACGCGCCCCAAAGCUUUUGUCACCAAAUAAUAAAAACAAUGAUAGUGUCUUACAUGUUGCUGCAAGAGGUGGAAACAUCUCGACCGUUAAAAUUCUAUUAGAAGGUUAUACUAGUUUUCUAAUAGAGACUUUAAAAGGAAUGUCGCUUGGCAGCGGUCUAACAAAUGAAGAAUUCGAACAGACUAUUACCGAGGAACUAUUAUACUUUGUGACACGGGAUAAUGAUCAAGGCAACACUAUGUUUCAUGAGGCAAUGUUAUGUGACAAGAGCAAAAUUGGAGGGACUUUGAUUUUCAAAGUUUGUGAACUUUUCAAAACUGAAGAUCAGAACAAGAAGUCUUUGUCAAAUAGUUGUUACAAUUAUGCAAUUGAUAUUGUUAAUCAUGAAAAGAAAACAGCACUUUACCUUGCAGUUGAAAAUGAAAAUAAGGAUGCAGUCGACCUAAUAUUGGACAAGUGUCGCAAGAAUGAUUUAAGGCCAAAGGGAUUAUCGCCCUUAGUAGUAGCAAUCAUGAUGCGUAAUCAAGAAAUAUUGAGGAUCAUACUAAAACAUAAGCCAACUUGGAUUCAUUCAAAGGACAAACAUGAAAGGCUUCCUCUUCAUUAUGCUGCAUCUAUAGGUUACCUCGAAGGUGUUGAUUUAUUACUUGGAUUAUGUAAAUGUUGCACCAUUAAAAGAGACAAGUAUGGUUAUUUCCCAAUUCAUCUAGCAUCUUAUGGUGGCCAUGUGGAAGUAGUGAAGAAGUUGUUACAGUACUGUCCAGAUCCAACAGAGAUGCUUGACACUUCUCAUGAGCGUAAUAUUCUUCACAUUGCAGCGAACCAUGGAAAACAUGAGGUGGUAUGCUACAUAUUACAAAGUGAAAUUCCGGAACAUCAUAAACUGAUAAACCAAAAAGACAUUAAAGGAGACACCCCUUUGCAUUUGGCUGCAAGAUCAUGUCAUCCUACAACUGUGUACUACUUGGUUAACCAAAAAAACAAAAGAGUGGAUCUUGAUUUGGCUAACAAAAACAAUGAAACGGCUCUUGACAUUUAUGAGGUUGAAAAAUCAUCUUUGAGACAGCAUCUUACAUGGACUGCAUUGAAAUCAGUUGGUGCAAAGCAAAGUCCAAGGAAAGUAAGACUCCAAAUUGAAUCUAAACCAAGUGAUUCAAAUUCACAAAAAAUAGAACAAGGUAAAGAUAAAAACCUAAAUCAGAUUGAAGAAUCCCAAAAAAGUGAGAAACAAAGUAAAGAAAAAGAAAAUGUUUCAGAAAGAUAUAAGGAUAGAUUAGAAAGCCUUACAGUUGUUUCAACCCUUAUAGUAACAGCAUCAGUAGCAGCAUGUUUAAGUGUUCCAGGUCAAGCAGAUGGAAAAGCAAAUAACUUAAAUCAUGCAAUGUUUCAAAUUUUCACUAUCUUAAUCACAAUAUCAUUGUUCAGUUCCAUUAGUGCUACAAUCAUACUCUUUUGGGCAAAACUUGGAUUAACUGAAUUGGUGACUUUCACUCUCAAGAUUGUGAUGCCACUUCUUGGAAUUGCUCUCAUUUCAUUAUCUUUGGCUUUCACGGCAGGUCUUUACACGGUCAUCAGUAAACUUAGUUGGUUGGCCAAUGUAUUUUUAGUUAUGACUUUUAUAUUUAUUAUGGUUGUGGUUUUUUUAUACAUACUCCUUUUCCUUCCAUCAUCAUCAACUAUAAAGCCAUUGAGAUACAUUUCUCACUACCCUUUCCUUUAUUUAGCAUCACGUACUGAAUGUAAAACUGAUCAAUGUCUUAAACCUUGGGGUAGUAUAGAUUAAUAUUAAUGUGUAUUGUCUUCCUUUUGUGUGUAUGUGAGAUACAUAUUAUGUGCCUAUGUUCUGAUAAAUAUGUAUGUUUCUAUUAUGUGUACUAAUAAAUGCCAAUGAAUGUUUAUUCGGGGUAAUACUGGUUUUAGAAAUGAUGUAUUUAGCCAUGCAUAUCUAUUCUUAUCAUAUGAUAUGGCUGUUUGGAAUAAAAUAUGUUAGAACAAAAUUGUUCACAUCUCUUAGGUUUUGAUGAUAACAAAAUACUUAAAAAAUAAUUGGG